AUGGUGAGGAACAUUGAUGACUUCGAUUUUUGCCUUCCAUCCCAUCCUCAAUCUAUUCUGGAAGGACUACAGACCCUACGUUCCAACCCCAAACUUUCAGAUGUCACUUUGAUUGUUGGGGGACAGAAAUUCCCUUGCCACCGCAGUAUUCUGGCCCUCUGUAGUCAGUACUUCAAUGCUAUGUUUGCUGGUGACUUUAUGGAAAGCUUUUCAGCGCAUGUAGAGAUCAAAGAUGUAGAUCCUAUCACUAUGGAGUCCUUGCUUAAUUUUGCUUACACAGGAAAAGUGACCAUCAAUCAGAGGAAUGUGGAAGCCUUGAUUAGGACAUCCAGCCAACUCCACUUCCCCGUCAUCCAAAAAGUUUGCAGUCGGUACUUGAGACAGCAGAUGGAUGCAUCCAACUGUUUAGGCAUUUGUGAGUUUGGAGAGAUGCAUGGCUGUUCAGAGAUUUCAUCUGAGGCGUGGUCGUUUUUGCAAGAAAACUUUGAACUUGUAUCUCAACAGGAAGAAUUUCUUCAACUAUCGAAAGAGAGGCUAAUUAUUUAUCUGUCGAACAACCUACUGCAAGUACAAAAAGAACAGAGCCUAGUUGAAGCUGUGCUCAGGUGGGUCAAGUAUGAAAAAUUGGCCAGAGUGAUGCACCUUCCAGAGCUUCUUGACCUAGUGCAUUUGGUUUCAUUGCCAGAUCAGUAUCUGCAAAACAUGUUGUCAUCUGAACCACUGAUUCAGGAAUCAGAAGCUUGCAAGGCUAUCAUUGCUAGACAUCGGAGCACGGCAGAGAACAAGCCCUUUGUCCAACAGAGACUGAAGGCCCUUCCACAGAAGCUAGAAGAAGUGCUGGUGGUUGUGGGAGGCAGAGCUUUGGAAGAAAAUGAUGAAGAUGAAGCGGAGCCACACUUCUCCAGAAAUGUUGCUUUUUAUAAUACUAAUACUAAAACAUGGAUUGCUUUGCCUGAUUUUCCAGAUUACAAUAAAUGGGGCUUUUCUAUGAUUGCUCUAAACAACAACAUUUACAUUACAGGUGGCUCCAGAGGAUCACAGAAUGACACAUGGUCUACAACACAGUCCUGGUGCUUCUGCCUUAAGAAGGCUGCCUGGAAGUCCAUUGCUCCAAUGCUGAAGCCCCGAACAAAUCAUGCCAGUGCUGUUCUCAACGGAGAGAUCUAUGCUAUUGGUGGAACCACUAUGGACAUUGUGGAAGUAGAAUGCUACGAUCCUUACAAUGACAGCUGGUGCUUUGUCAGUCCUGCCUUGAAGUAUGUCAGUAAUUUUGCUGUAGCCGGAUGUCUUGGGAAGUUGUACCUCAUUGGUUCCUGUGCUAUCAAAUACAAUACAUUGACUCUCCAAUGUUACAACCCUGCUAUUGAUGUCUGGAGUAUAAUUGCAUCUCCCUUUCUUCCCAAGUACCUCUCUGCUCCUUGUUGUGCCUCCUUGCAUGGAGUCAUUUACCUUAUUGGUGAUAAUACAAAGAAAGUCUAUGUGUAUGAUCCGGAUGCUAACAUCUGGCAGAAGGUGCAAGAGCUUCAUACUUUGCAUGAAAAUGGUGGAAUGGUACCACUUGGUGGUAAGCUGUUUGUCACAGGUGGCUACUGGAAAGGUAUGGAUGGCAACUAUCAAGUAGAGAUGGAAAUGUAUGAUUGUGCCAAGGAUGUUUGGACAAGAGAAGGGUCACUUCCCUGUUUAUGGCUCUACCAUGCAUCUUCUUCUAUCUUCAUGGAUACGUCAAAGUGGAGGGAACCUUUCCAGACAUGA